ACUGAGAGAGAUAUAAAUCCAUAGAAAUAGGCUCCAACUCUUCUCCGUCUCUCACUCGUUCAGCUCGGAGACCACAAGAGCCUCCCAAUUCUGGUCUCAAUUAUCCUCAUCAGAUAUUACUAUCUAGAUUAGAGUACUAGCUUUUCUUUUCUUGCUUUCUGUAGCAUCCACACAGUUCUUGAGCUCGCAGCAACGUCGCCAUGUCCGGGCCGUUGGAUCGAUUCGCCAGGCCCUGUUUUGAGGGAUUCUCUAGCCAUGAGGAGAGGAGAGAGAGGAAGUCGGAUUUUGAGAACUCGGAGGAGGAUAGGAGGACCAGAAUUGGAUCGUUGAAGAAGAAGGCGAUCAAUGCGUCUAGUAAGUUCAGGCAUUCGUUGAAGAAGAAGAGGCGGAAGAGCAGUAGCAGCAGCCGCCACGGUUCUGUUUCGAUUGAGGAUGUGCGAGACGUCGAGGAGCUGCAGGCUGUUGAUGCAUUUCGACAGGCGCUUAUAAUGGAGGAGUUGCUGCCUCAGAAGCAUGAUGAUUAUCACAUGUUGUUGAGGUUUUUGGUAGCGAGGAAGUUUGAUAUUGAGAAAGCAAAGCACAUGUGGGCCAACAUGAUUCAAUGGAGGAAAGAUUUUGGUACCGACACGAUUUUGGAGGAUUUUGAGUUUGGUGAGUUGGAUGAGGUUCGGAAGUACUACCCUCAGUGCUACCAUGGUGUUGACAAGGAGGGAAGACCUGUUUAUAUCGAAAGAUUGGGGAAAGUUGAUCCCAAUAAGCUUCUGCAAGUGACCUCUAUGGAGCGAUAUGUGAGAUACCAUGUGCAGGAAUUUGAAAAGAGUUUUGCCAUUAAGUUUCCAGCCUGCUCUAUUGCUGCAAAGAGGCAUAUAGAUUCAAGUACAACAAUCUUAGAUGUUCAGGGCGUGGGUUUUAAAAACUUUACCAAAUCUGCACGAGAUCUCAUCAUGCGACUGCAGAAGAUUGAUAAUGACAACUACCCUGAGACACUUUGCAGAAUGUUUAUAAUUAAUGCUGGUCCUGGUUUUAGGCUGCUUUGGAAUACUGUUAAAACAUUUCUUGAUCCCAGAACAACCACCAAGAUUCAUGUUCUCGGUAACAAGUACCAGUCAAGAUUACUUGAAGUAAUUGCUGCAAGUGAGUUGCCGGAAUUUCUGGGUGGAAGCUGCACCUGUUCCGACGAGGGAGGUUGUAUGAGGUCUGACAAGGGGCCAUGGAAGGAUCCCAACAUAUUAAAGAUGGUACUUAGUGGUGAGGCACAAUGUUUCAGACAAAUAGUUACAGUUUCAAAUGGUGACGGGAGGAUAAUUGCUUCUGAUAAGCCACGUUUUACAAAUAUUAGAAGCAGUGAUACAUCUACCGCGGAGUCGGGCUCGGAAGUCGAAGAAAUGGGUUCACCCAAAACAACUAGGAGUUACUUGCAACCUAAGUUGACUCCUGUUUGUGAAGAAGCUAGAGCGGUUGGGAAAGGAAGCAGUGCAUGUGGCUUGUCUGAGUACGAUGAAUAUGUUCCCAUGGUUGACAAGGCUGUGGAUAUGGGAUGGAAACAACAAGUUGUGCAACAAAAUCCACUUAAUCCUGGAGGGGUAUCUUCUCCACAACUUGAGGAAAAGAAACCAACUGGAGUUUCUGCAUAUGUCUGGACAAGGAUCAUGGCAUUCCUUCUUACCCUUGUUACUCUCAUGCAAUCUGUUUCCUUUCGGGUGACUAAAAAACUUCCUAAUUCGGUUUCGGAUUCCACCCACAACACUCCUGUCCUGACUGCUGAAUAUGAGGAGUUUCGGCCUCCAUCACCGGCACCAGGGUUGAGCAGGGUAGAUCUUCUCUCAUCUGCUUUGCAAAAGCUUGGUGAACUUGAAGAGAAGGUAGACAUGCUACAAGCAAAGCCUUAUGAGAUGCCUCAUGAGAAAGAGGAGUUACUGAAUGCUGCUGUUUGUCGUGUGGAUGCAUUAGAAGCAGAGUUGAUUGCAACAAAGAAGGCUCUGCACGACGCUUUAAUGAGGCAGGAAGAACUUCUUGCAUAUUUAGACAGGCAAGAACAGGCCAAGCUUCGGAAGAAAAUGUCUUGCUGGUGAAGACGAGAGACCUUUCUUGGUGAUGUGUGUCGUCUUGCUUUGCAUUUACGUUUGAGGCGGUGUAUACAAUAUGCAGAAUCAGUCUUCCAAAGUGGCUACUGGUUCUGUUUAUAAGGCCUUGUAUCGGAAGUCUACGUUAUUGUAUAUAAUGAGAAGUACUGUACAGUAGUGCUAAGAUCAUCUGCAUCAAAUGUUGUGUGUGCAACCAAUUCGGGGAUGAUGUAUUGUUUCUAUUUUUAUAUAAUAUCAAAAUAUUUACCACAUAACGUACUUUGAAAAUUGUUCUGUUUGGUAAGUU